CUCUGUGCUCAGCGGCUGCAGAAGCAAUUUCUUCUUCUUCCCCUUACAAAUGACCUGCUUUUUUCCUGACACUGUAUUUUCUUAGAACCAGACAAUCUCAUUUCUCUGCACCCUAUAGAUCUCUUCAAAGCGAGCUCUGGGCACAAAGGAGACACCUGGGGGGUGGAGAAUAAUAUGAAUACGACCUCCAACUCGACGUUGUUAUGUGGCGAAUGUCCAGUUUAUAAGAGAAUGUCCCAAAGUUCCGUAUUCCUCAAAAAAGAGACCACGCUUUCCAGCAUUCAAAAAAAAGAAACAUAGCACGGAAAACAUCCUCCGAAAAUCAGAUUUGACAGUAGGAAAGCUUCAAAUGCAGGUGGAUGACCUCAUAGAAGCAGUGACAGAUAAAUCCAUGAAGCUAUUGGCCCAAAGACACGCUGAGCUUCAACAGUGUGAAUUUCUAGGGGAUGAAAUCCUUCAGUCUUCCAAGCAGUUCCAGAGGAUAUCCAAGAGAACCAUGAGGAAGUAUAAAGUGAAAAACGUUAACUUGAAAUACCCUUUGAACUUUACCCCUAGUCCUCUGAACCAGGCCUUUUUCUCCUCCUCUACUCCCCAUUCAGUACAUAAAGAAGUGGAAACACUGAAGGAUGGACAGAGUAUCGUCAGUUUCUCUUGAUUCAAUUAUAAUUUCAAGGAUACAUGACUUCAGAAGUAUUCCAAACAAGGAUUUUACCUCCACUGUUUUUCCAUUUACCUAUGCCUGGGCAGAAUA